AUGUCUCUGCGCUUCCUGCUCGCUGCGCGGGGAGGUCAGAGAUCAGGCUGGAGCUGGCAAGGAUUCAGUGUCUUGCUCAAAGACACUUUAGCAGACUGGGUGCUCGCUACUGUGGCUAUUUGCUUACAAAUCCUGGAGGAUAUAGAUAAGAGUGGAAAAAUAAUUUUUUACGAAGGCCGCAACUUCCAGGGCCGCCACUGGGAGUGCAGCAGUGAAUGCAUGGACACCUUCAAGCACUUCAACUGCUGCAACUCCAUCCGUGUCAGCGGCGGUCACUGGGUGGCCUAUGAGAAGCCUCACUACAUGGGUUACCAGUACAUCAUUGGCCCCGGCGAGUACCCUGACUACCACUGCUGGAUGGGCUUCAACAACUGUGUCCGCUCCUGCCAGAUGUACCCCCCUUAUAGAGGAUCCUACAAGAUGAGGAUCUUCAACAGGCCUGACAUGAUGGGACACACAAUGGAGUUCAUGGAGGACUGCCCCAACUUGUACGAGCGCUUCCGCUACCGUGACAUUUACUCCUGCAACAUCAUGGAGGGCUUCUGGAUCUUCUAUGAGCACCCUAACUACAGGGGACGCCAGUAUUUCCUGCGCCCCGGAGAGUACAGGGCCUGUGGUGACUGGGGCUGCCACAACCCCAUGGUUGGCUCAUUCAGGAGGAUGAGGACUGUCAUGUAA